AUGCCGUUCAGACACUUCUUGAGACAUGCCUUUGACACACCAGCGCAGCAAACCUGGGAUGCUCUAAUAACUACAUCUAACCAACCCACCCCACUGUUCACCCGGCUACUUGAUGCAAUCUUCACUUACUUCACCAACACCCCGCCAGUCGACCCCACGGGCUUUGAUCCUGUCAAAUAUGCGGCGGUCUUCACGGCCCUGUUCUACUCCGACAAUAACAAUCUCAGUCGCCGGUACUUCAUCUUCGCCUCAGAGAACCAUAUGCCCGCGCCCGAGCAGUUCUCCUAUCAGGCUCUGGCCAUAUUCUACCGCACCCACCACAUCCAACACAUAAUGAAUGGCGCCACUCCAGUACUCACAAGAGAGGGAUUCCACCUCAUUAUGCUGAGAGAUACAUUGGGAGAUCCCGAGACACAAUACAGACGAUUCAAUGCGUUUUUGGCCGCCCACAGAGGUGAUUUGGUGGAUCCGAUGACUGGUCAGCGGUUUCCGCAAGUGCCUAUUCCGCGGGAAUUGUUUCCCAGGGAUAUGGAUUCGGAGACCUGGGAGCGAGAGGUGCAGAUGACUAGAGCGUUCAACGAGGAUUUGGGAAUAUAUCUGGAAGAGCUGAAUCAAACGGGAGGCUGGAGGCAUGACGUGACCAUGGCUAGUAUGUCGCCUGGGGUGUGGGUGAGUGGAUAUCUGCGAUAG